AUGGUUUUUAGGUCACCUCUCGAGUUGUUUUCAGCCUCCCGCCUCCUCCUCCCACACUUUGUGGAUGGACCCACUCACCUGCCCGGUUCCCGGUCACUAGAGGACCCUCCCGCCGCUUGCCCUCCCAUGGCCCUCCCAGGACUCUGCUUCUCCGCCUCGCAGAUUGCCAGCGUGUGCGAGACUUUGGAGGAGACCGGAGACAUCGAGCGACUGGCCCGCUUUCUCUGGUCACUCCCGGUGACCACAGACGGGCGCGACUCCAUCUCCGAUCAUGAGUCCGUGCAGCGGGCACGUGCCGUGGUGGCCUUCCACACGGGAAGCUUCCGCGAACUCUAUCGCAUCCUGGAGACGCACCGAUUCACCCGCGCCUCGCACGGUAAACUGCAGGCGAUGUGGCUGGAAGCUCACUACCGGGAGGCGGAGAAGCUCAGAGGGAGGCCGCUCGGUCCCGUAGACAAAUACCGCGUGAGGAAGAAGUUCCCAUUACCAAGGACCAUCUGGGACGGAGAGCAAAAGACACAUUGCUUUAAGGAGCGCACGCGGGGGCUGCUGAGAGAGUGGUACCUGCAGGACCCAUACCCCAAUCCGGGGAAGAAGAGAGAGUUGGCGCACGCCACCGGGCUGACACCGACUCAAGUUGGAAACUGGUUCAAAAACCGGAGACAGCGAGACCGCGCGGCGGCAGCUAAAAACAGGUUGCAACACCACCGCAUAUAUCCGGAAAGUGCGCAUGCACUGAGUGGAGGAGACUGCAGCCCAGACGGCAGCGCAGAGCACGACGAUGGAGAAACUUUCCUCUCGGUAACGGACAGUGACUCUGACCUGGACGUUUGAAGCUCCAAGUGGACUUUACAGAGCCGGUCCGAUUUGCACAGAGACAAAAGAUGCAGAUUAAGGGUUGUGCAGCAAAAUAUGUUGAGGAAAGGACUACUGGUUCCAGGCGGAUUAAUUCGUUUCCUGAUUUAUUUUUUGAUGGUUUUUGCUGUUAUUUUUUCAGAUGUUAUUUUAAUUCAUUUGUAUUCCUUCUGUAUUUUUACCUCUGACUGAUCAUGCAUUUACUUCUUGAAAGUUGAUAAUCCAGAGACCCCUUACAUGUCACCAAAUCACUCCUGUUCUCACUAAUGUGUCAGUUUUUUUUUAUAAAUAGAUUAUUAUAGAUCCAUUAGAGGCCCCUGGAGGACCCCCAACGGCAAACUGUGGACAAUCAGCCAGAAGCAUCAGAUCCUACCUCCUUACCUGUUUACGUUUUUGUCCCCUUUUUGCCUUUAUUGAUACUCUUUCUAAACUCCAUUGUAAAGUUUGUGUCAAAACGAACUCUGUUCAAUUUGAUGCUUAUAAAAAUGUUUUGUUAUUUUGUAUAAAUAAAGCUAUUUAAUGUAA